AUGAAAACGGGGGACUUUUUCCAGUAUCCAUUCGAUGUUCAAAUUGUCAUGGGACUGACACUCAUUGGAGUACCGAAUGAAUGGACACAAGAGAACCUGGUGUGUUACGUAAAGUCGUACUGUUAUGCCUUUGGAAGGGAGGAAAUUGGAAUCAUUGCAACGUGGUUGGAUGAUGACGAAAAUGUCCCAGAGGGGAAAAGGAAAGCCCAUAUCGCAUGCAAUUGUCUAUACUCGAAACAGAGGCUACUAGAAAUACGUAUCAUCCCGAUAAUUUUACCGAGUAGCGCGAAAUACGGAGAAAAGGAAUGCUCAGUCAUUACCAUACGACCGUAUUGCUUCUGGGUAAAACUGAGUCCGCAAAGUGAACCCAUACCAUACAUGUUUCCAAAAUAUGGAUCAAGUGAUGUAUACUCUGAAAAGGUCGAAACAACGCUGUUGUUACAAGAUAAUAAUGUUCAACCGACAAUUGUAGCAUGUCUCAUGGAGUGCGGUAUACUGCCAAGGGAUGGAAGACCUUGGGACGCCGCCACUGCAUAUUCCCUCUGGCUCAGAGCAAAAAAUACACCGGUCGGCUUCGCAUUUGAAAGCCAACUCUGCAAACUUCACAACGCCCUUCGUGUAUUUAAACCACAUGAAUACGAUGUGACGGAUGAUCUAGUAUAUGAAUCGGACUGGAGAAAUGUGUUUUUUCAAGACUCCUGGCUAUGGGAGCGAAUGUCUAGGGGUGUUUAUCCACAAUCGGAUAAUGUGUCCGCAGAUUUAAGAGCACCCUCAAGGAAUUUUUCUAGCAAGGAAAUGACCCACUCUGGACUGGAGACACCAUCACCGUUGUCGCCUCCAUUCAUUGAGACAUAUAAAACCGACUCUGCAAAGCCAAUCCCGGAAAUAAUCCGAGCAAAAAAGGACAGGAGGGCUGGUUGUAUUCGCUACGAGAGCAAUAGAAACAGAUGGGUAGUGGACCUAUCAAUAGACGGUCGUAGGAUGCAAAAGUGCUUUCACGAGGGGUUUUUUGGUAUCGUAGGAGGAAUGCAGGAAGCCAGAAAGUGGCGCUACGACUAUUUGAAGCAGGUCCGAGGCUACUUUGUCGAAAAGUUGGAGCUGAGAAUCGUCGAAGACUUGGUAGACAAGAUUAUGCAAAUGGAUAAAUCGUUGCACAAACCACUAAUUGACGCCCUCAAGACGCCCAUACCAGAGUACGAAGAUGCGUGUGACAUCAACAAGGUUGUGGAAGCCAUUGAGGCACGAAUUAAACAUAUAACUGGAGAGAAUAAUGGGUAA